AUGCGCCCCGCGCCGCUGCUCGGGCUCCUGCUCUGGGCGCCGCUGCUCUGGGCGCCGCCGGUGCGCGUCACCCGCCACGGCGUCCACUGGAACGGCAGCAACCCCAGGUUCCUGCGGGACGACUACUCCAUCCAGGUGGCCAUCAAUGACUACCUGGACAUCUACUGCCCGCACUACGAGGGGGCCGUGCCCGCCGGCCGGGCAGAGACCUUCACGCUCUUCAUGGUGGACCGGGAGGGUUAUCGCGGCUGCUACGAGACCCCCGGCGCCUUCAAGCGGUGGGAGUGCAACCGGCCCCGGGCGCCCUUCGGGCCCGUCCGCUUCUCCGAGAAGAUCCAGCGCUUCACCCCCUUCUCGCUCGGCUUCGAGUUCCAGCCGGGGGAGACCUACUACUACAUCUCCGUCCCCAGCCCCGAGAGUGCCGGGCGCUGCCUGAAGCUGCGCGUCACCGUCUGCUGCCGAGGCACCACGCCGGAGCCGGUGACAGAGGUGCCCAAUUCGCAGCCCCGUGGGCGUGGGGGACCCGAGGACGCUGUGCCUGCGCGGGGCACGGCGGUCCCACCACAGCCCCACAGCCCCUGCCUGGCACUCGUGCUCCUGGCCCUGCUCCGGAUCUGACCCCGGCACUGCCCGUGGUGGGGGGACGGGCUCCUCUGCCCCGGCGCCGCUUCCAGACUCUUCCUCACCGCCAACCCCCUCGAGCCCGUGGGGCAGCCCCAGGCCACGACCCACCCGCUGGACCUCCGAGAAGCCAAGCCAGGGCCGGGAGCUCCGGGCUGGAAGGGCCGUCGCUUGCCACCGGCAUCGCCGCUCGUUGGGAUUGCCAGGGGUCAGCACCACCGGACACCGGCACCGCCCCCAUGGCAUCGCCCCGGCGCUGGGCUCCCCUCAGCGAAUGCCUGCUCUGCCCCACGGCCGUCGCCUCAUCUCGUGCCUUCCCCCAUGGACCCCCUGCCCCAGGGGCCCAGGGACCCCCCCCAGGCCCUGGAGCGGGGCAGCAGCUCCGAUGGCGGCGUCCGCCACUGCCGUGUCCUCCUCCUCCUCCGGUGAGGACACACCGA